UUUCUACUUAAUACAAUAAUUAUUAACUACCUAAAACAUUGACUAAAAUGAUGAAGUUUGCUGCCAUUUCUUGUAGCCCAUGUGAAGCUCCAUGCUGCUGUCACUUUGCUGCUACUGUGCAGUCAUGUUGCAGCAUCAUUUAGCAGAUCUCAUUUCACUGCAUUUUCAGCUUUCAUGCCAUAGCUCCAACGGUAAUCAAGCACCUCCAUGAAGCUGACCAAGGAGAAGCAGAGUUCCUUGCUAAAAUGAGUACCAUCAGAAGGCUAAAUCACAUGAACUUGAUAGAGAUGUAGGGAUAUUGUGUAGAAUGGAAACACAGGCUUUUGGUUUAUGAGUACUUGGAGCAUGGAUCUUUAGCCGAUAAUCUAUUAAAAAAAGCAUUAAAUUGGGCAAGAAGGAAAGAGCUUAACGAGGGCUCAUCCAAAAUGGAGAUCUGCAAAUUUGGAGCAAGGCCAGGAAAGGUUGGUUGCAUGGGUGAGGGAGAAGAUAAAUGGGCCACUUCAACGGAGACAUGGAUUGAAGAGGUUGCAGAUCUAAUGUUGGGCAAAGAUUAUGACAUGGAUAGGAUGAAACUUCUUAUUGAAGUGGCCUUUCUGAAGUGGCCUUUCAAUGUGUGUGUUGGAUUUUUGAGGGUAAGAAGGGAGGGAUUGAGAGAGGACUUGGAGGAGAAGGAGAGACACCCGGAGUUUCCUCUUUUGGUGAGCUUUCAUGCCAUAGCUCCAACAAUGUGGAAGAAGACGUGCAUGCCAGACCCACAAGGCGCCAUGCUGUAGAGAUGCUAUCAUUCAACGAUAAUGAAGCUUCACCAAGGAUAUUAAUUUUUAGGACAAAUUGAUCUUGUGCUUCUGUAGUAGUUAUUUUUGUUUGUUUUUAAUGUGUACUCCUUUCUUUUAUGUACAAUACUUUUUAAAAUAAUUAUUUUAUCCGUGA